AUGAAUCUCAUCAUCAAAGCAGGAGACAGGGAGUCAAGGGGACCGAAGACCCAGACAGAUAUCAGACUUCCACCAAAGAGGCGAUUUAUGGAUGAUCUGACUAUCACAACAGAGUCCCACAUACAAGCUCGAUGGAUCCUAUCAGCCCUUGAAGAAUUUGUGUCAUGGGCUAGAAUGGCCUUCAAACCAAGGAAGUCAAGAUUUCUUAUCUUGAGAAGAGGCAAAGUCUGGCAGAAGAUAACACUCAGGGUACAGGGCGAGGAUAUCCCAUCACUUAUUGACAAACCCGUCAAGUGCUUGGGUAAAUGGUUUGACACCACACUGGGUGAUAGCAGAAAUAACACAGAGCGCAUCAGGCAGCAACUGAGGAAUGGGCUUGCAAAGAUAGAGGGAACGGGCCUACCAGGGAAGUUCAAGGCAUGGCUUUUUCAGCAUGGCCUCCUGUCCCGUCUUCUGUGGCCACUAAUGUUGUAUGAGAUCCCAACAUCGACGAUUGACAGCUUGGAAAGCAUGAUAAACAAGAGCUUGAGACGAUGCUUCGGACUUCCAUCAUGUAUGGCAAGUAUUGGACUCUACAACAGAACCGGAAUGUUGCAGCUCCCUCUUUCAUCAAUCGUAGAGGAGUACAAAGUUAGUAAGGCAAGGCUCGUGUUGACCCUACAAGACUCUAUUGACAUGAGCAUCAGAAAUGCAGGGAUAGAGGUCAGAACCGGAAGAAUAUGGUCAGCAUUCAAUGCAGUUCAGCAGGCAGAGAGUCGACUGAGACAUCAAGACAUAGUGGAAACAAGUUGUCAAGGUAGACAGGGACUCGGCUUGAGCACUAGACAACCGUGGAGUUCAGCCACAACAGUCCAAAGAAGAGAACUUGUUCAGAGCGAAAUCCAAAAGGAAGAAGAAGAGACAAGAAAGGGGAAAGCAGUCCAGAUGGGGAGCCAGGGAAGCUGGACAAAGUGGCAGACAACAGGGAGGAAACUGUCAUGGACAGAUAUCUGGAAAGAUGGGGGGCUGAUAGAGACAGCAGAAUGCACCCUAUGUGGAGGAAGAGCUACCCUGGGCCACAUCUUGUCCUCGUGUAAGGAAGCACUUGCCAAGGGGAGAUAUCGCUGGAGACAUGACCAGGUACUCCGAGAGGUAGCUGAUACACUUGGGAGACACAAGAAGAAGGCGCGAGUACAUGCAGGGGCAAAGCACAUCAACUUUGUACCAGCAGGGACAGUAAUGAAGGGUACAAAGGGAGGACAUCCGAGUAUCCUAGACGGCACAAAUGACUGGGAACUACGGGCAGAUCUUAGAAAACAGCUGCAAUUUCCAGACAUUAUCCACACUACCCUACGUCCAGACAUUGUGAUGGUCUCCGAAAAGACAAAGAAGAUCAUUCUGGUAGAGCUGACUGUACCGUGGGAAGAAAGAUGUACUCAGGCACAUGAGAGAAAGAAGGCCAUGUACGAAGAUCUCGUCCAGGAGUGUAGAGAGGCCGGGUGGAGAGCAUGGAACUACCCGAUUGAAGUGGGAUGCAGAGGGUUUCCUGUACCAUCGCUUGGAAAGAUGUUCCAGGAUACAGGAAUAGUGGGGCAGGUGAGAAAGCUGGCCAUUAAGAAAGUAUCACAGGCAGCAGAAAGAAGCUCCAGCUAA